CAACGGGUAAGUGACUCUCUACCAUCUGAUACUUAACUUCCGAACGACAGCUCUCCAAAUCUUGCCUGUAUGCACUCAAGCUCGUCGUACCAGAGCGCCUCCAAUCCGACACUCAAACGCACACGCUCGUCCGAACAUGUCCAGCUGCCACAACUAGAACCUGAUACGUAUCUUCGAGUAUACACACACAAAUCACUUCGACGGCCCUGUGCCACCUCGCCCGACGAAUAUGAAGACAACGAACGACUGUCGGUACUGGGGGAGAAGGCUCUCGAUGCAGCAGUGAUGACGGCGCUGUUCUACGAACGACCGUUGUUGGGAUUGAGCGAGAUGGAGGCGAAGAAAAAAGAGAUAACUUCCUGGAUGAACAUUGACUCCUGGGUGCGACGCUACCAAAUGCGAGAGAAGGUCCGAUGCCACCCAGACCAGUUCGAAAUGUUGCAUUCACCUGAGGAAACAAAUGCUUUAUUCUAUGCAUAUGUCGGCGGUGUGUUCGCAAAUCUUGGAAUGGAUGCAGUCCAAGAGUGGAUCAAUGCGCUAAUGGGCCUCAGUGGGAUACAGCAGCCACCCCCUUCGCAGCGAAGGGUGAAGAAUCUGCCUACACCUCAACUACAGCCUGCCCAGCCUACGCCUCCUAGACCCCAGUUCAUCCCACCAAACCCGUUUGCUCAAUUCUCACGUUUCCCGUCAACACCCAUGCCGAUGUUUCCAGCUACGCCGAUGGUCAAACCACCACCGCCUCCGCCAAAGUUGCCCAAUCCGAUGACACCUGCCCAGCCCCAUCUAGCCUUUUUGCCUCAGUUCAACGAAAAGGCUUCUCAGCGACGCGUGGUGGUCGAGUAUCCUGCUCAGUUCAGCGGUCCUCCUCAUGCCGGCAAGUGGACUGUCAAAUGUGUUGUCAACGGGAUAGAGAAGGGACAAGGUGUUGGUGGAAACAAACAGAUUGCCAAGGAACAAGCAGCACGGGCGGCAUAUUACGCGAUGGGAUGGACUUAGCGAAUGAUAUUAUUCCCGACUUGAUUAUGAUAUGUCAGGAUUAUUAUCAUCGCAUUUGCCGAAUGGCCCGGGCUUGCUUAUCCUUGCUUAUCCAUCAUGCAUCAUGUUGGGGGCAGAUUCGAGCCAGCCACUCACAUGCGAUGAUACCUUGUUCAUCGCAUGCGAGGGACUGGCCCGAGUAUACCCGUCAUCUCCCAUACUAUGCUUAAAUAAUUAUUUAGUCACAAUACAUUUCAUUUCUCUACGG